AUGGUACACCUUGUGGCUGUACCGGAGACAAUCACGGCAAGUGGCUGUGCUUGUGUCUUUAUCGACACCAUCUUCCAACUUCAUGGGUUGCCCCGUGAACUCGUAUCGGACAGAGAUCCACGAUUCACUGCUGAUUUCUGGCGUUCCGUGUUCAAAUCACUCGGAACGCGCUUGAAGAUAUCUACAUCUGAUCAUCCAGAGUCAGAUGGUCAGACGGAACGUGCCAAUCGUGUCCUUAAAGAGAUACUUCGAGGAUACGUACACUCCUUUAAGAGUUGGAGUGAGUUUUUGCCGAUGGUAGAGUUUGCCAUCAACAACUCGGUGCAUGCGUCCACGACACAUACACCGUUUUACGUGAAUGGCUUACGCCAUCCGCGUGUCAUUGCGUUUGAUGCCGAUAUCGAUAACAUCGAUAUCGAAGAAGAUAAUGCCAGUGAGAGUGCGGAAGCCCUCACUGAAGAAGAUGGUUCCAGUGAGAGUGCGGAAACCCUCACUGAAGAAGAUGAUUCCAGUGAGAGUGCGGAAGCCCUCACUGAAGAAGAUGAUGCCAGUGAGAGUGCGGAAGCCCUCACUGAAGAAAAAGUUGAUGUUGCUGCAGUGCGCUCACAGCGCACUGAAGCUAACGAGUCAUCAGAUGAGUUCAUACUGGCUCGUGAAACGGUAGUCCGUUUUGUGCAAGAUUCCAUCGCCGAAGCGGUGGAUAAGCAAAAGCAAAACGCUGACAAGAAUGAAAGGGCAAACACUCUUUGA